ACCUUCAUACGAAACCUCCAACCAGUGAAACGACGACUUCGUAUCUUUUUCGUCUUCAACUUUCUCUCUCUCUCUCAAGGAUUGAAAAUGGGUUCAAGUAGCAGUCGCAUGGGAACCUCGCGCUCAUCUGGGUCUUCCUCCAGACUCGGUCGCACCAAACAUAGACUCUCUUCGCUUUUCUGUGGUGGCACUACCUCUCAAUCACCGUCUGAGUUUGAAGAGUAUCCACAAAAGUCACCGAUAAGUUCUCUAGAAAAUUUACCUCCUGUUAGUGAUGAAUCUUGGAGCUCCAUUGCAGAAACUUCAAUAUUUGGUUCGGAAACUGGAGUGACCAGUUCCAAAACUGAGAGUGGGGACUCAUCUGAAAUCAGUGAUGGAACCAUUGAUCAUGCUUCAGUUGAAUAUGGUUUGAGAAAUGCUGAAUCAAAUAGCCACGAGACUUGCCUUUCCAACAGUAAGGAAUCAGUUUCUUGUCAGGUAAGUUCUGAUUGUCUUUCCAAGGAUGCAUAUUUGGAUAAGGGUAGUAAUACAGCUAGUACUUCCUAUAAAGAACAGCCAUAUCAAGAUUCGGUGUCAGCAAACACAAGGAUUAGCUUGGUUGCAGGUGUCGGGGCUUAUGAUUCAGUGUUCGAAGGUGCGUCGAUAAAUUGUUUGGAGGAUACAAAUACAAGCAGUGCUGCACGUGAGGGUGCAGAUUUAUGUGCAGAAGGUGAUUUUGCCGAAAAUUCUGUGGCUGCAGUCAUAGCCUCUAGCAGUUCUAAUUCUGGGUCUCAUUGCAUUGAUCCUCACCCUGUAGUAAGUCUUCAGUUGGCUGGAGAUGACACUACUCGAUUGGCAUCACCUUCUGGUUCAGAACACCUUGUGUCUGAUACUGAGCAGGAUCUCAGAACUGGAGACCUACAUCAUGUUGAUGUGGUGAGUAUCUCUUCCAACCUGUUAUCUAGUAGCAUCAAUGAAAUAAGUAACCGCGAAGCGAGAAGGAAUAGUAGAAGACUCUUUUGGGAUGCUUUAUCAAGGCGCAGUUUUAGAAGAUAUAGUGAUUCACCAACAAUCGUUUUCACAACUGAUCAUGCUGAUGAUCUAGGAUCUCAUGACAGAUGGUUUCUAGAUUUGAGUGGUGAUCUCCACUAUGAUGGAAUUGGUCGUGAUUCUGUUUACCCGGGCUUUAGAAGCCAUCGCAGAAAUGAACGGCGCUGGCAAUUAAGAUCCCAGAUCUCAGAAAGAGUUCUUGGUGGCCUUGGUGAGGAAGCUCGGCAGACGGCAUUUUGUUCAUCUGGGCUCCAUCCUGAGGGUACAUGCUCAUGUGAUUCGUUUGAUAUGGCUGCAGAGUCCAGCGCCCUUGCAAGUAUUUCAAGGAUAGUCAUGCUUGCUGAGGCUUUAUUCGAGGUUUUGGAUGAGAUUCAUCGCCAGCCUCUUUCACUAUCCAUGCUCAAUCUCCCGGCUCCAGAGUCUGUUGUAAACUCAUUUCCUCUUAAGAAUCACAAAAAGUUAGAUGCAGCUGAAAGUGGACCAAAUGAUGUGCCACAGUGUUACAUUUGCUUGGCUGAGUACGAGGAAGGGGAUAAAUUAAGAGUUCUCCCUUGCCAUCAUGAGUAUCAUAUGUCAUGCGUUGAUAAAUGGCUCAAAGAAAUAAACGGGUAUUUUUUCUCAUCCAUACCUUUUGUUGUUUUUACUUUAUCCGAGUGCUGUUUUUUUUCUUUCAGUGGAAAUAUAAUUUCUUAUGUAAAGUGGCUCCCACUUCUUGCUCCUUUGCUGGUGAUUCAGGGUAUGCCCCCUCUGCAGAAGCAAUGUUUGUGAGGGUGCUUCCCAGAAUUCUAUCCCAAACACGGAAACCCCAUCCCAAUGAUGCAUAGUAUGUAUUUAUACAUAUACCUGUAAAUAAGGUCAUGUACUGAUAUGUUUCUGUCUGUUGUUUUGUAUCUCUCAGUUCCAGUUUUUCCUUUUAAUCUGAUAGUGCAUAUUAUAUUGUAAGAAUAUGAUUAUGCAAUAAUAUUUUUUGUCAAAAUGGAAGUCUUUUCUGUAUAUUCAUUUAGAGUUGAAUACAAUCGUAUAUAAAUACAAAGCCAGAGGAAUUGUUGGAACCUAUUCUAGC